AUGGUCGUACCGCCUACCUUGGACGAAAGAGAUGUCGCGCCGUUUGUUGCCCUCGCAGAUGCCCUCCAUUCGUCCUCGGAUACGCUGGCUAUAAUGCAGCUAUCGCACGCUGGCCGUCAAUCCCCCAACAUACUAGGUGGACGUGGCCUAUUCUCUCCAGCUGUGGCACCAACUUCCGUUGCCCUGAGGGGACGCUCACGGGAUGGUUGGCUCGCACGACUGCUCUACCGCGCGCUCUUUCCAACUCCCCGCACCCUUACCGCGGGAGAAAUUGACCAAAUUGCCGCGCAAUUUGUUCACGGAGCCGAAGUCGCUGCCGCCGCGGGCUUCGAUGGGGUUGAAUUGCACGCCGCACACGGAUAUCUCCUCUCUGAGUUUCUAUCAGCGAAGACCAACACGCGUGACGACAUAUAUGCUCUACACCGGGAUCCGCUUCAUCUGCUUUACCGUAUAGUAACGGGCAUCCGUGAAUCUGUGACCCACCGUUUCGCUAUCGGCGUCAAGCUGAGUUCCUCCGACUACGUGGAAGCCGGCUCCAUCGCAGGAGAGGCAGAUAUGGCUGUUGCUGAAGAUCGCAUCCUGGGAUACAUCCAGCAGAUUGCUCACUGGGGAACGGUAGACUUCAUCGAGAUCAGUGGAGGUGACUAUGAGAAUCCAGAUUUCUUGCUUACCAGCAGGCAAGCCUUCUUCGCCCGUUUCUCUCGCCGCGCCCGCGAAGCAGUCCGAGGAGCGCCCAAGAGCCGUCGACCUUUGAUCAUGCUAACGGGAGGCCUGCGUUCCGUAGAGAUGCUUCAAGAAGUUCUCGAGCAGAAGCAUGCCGACUUACUCGGCCUCGCCCGCGCUGCCGUACUCUCCCCGGAUCUUCCUGCCCGGCUUGCCGCCGGGCCUGGGGAUGCGAUCUUCCCCCAUCUUCCAGAACUGACGUAUGCAGAUACCCCGAUAGCCAGCCUGCUUUCCCGCAUCUGCCACCUGCUGGGAGUCCUCCCCUUGCCAAAACUCAUCGGAGCUGGAGUCGGAAUGGCAUGGUACACCGUCAUGCUUCGUCGCCUUGCAGAAGGACGUGGCGUUGACUAUGGAAUCGGCGGUCUGGGGUCAGUCAUCCGCAUGUGGGGCCCCGAGUUGCGGCACUGCGCGGCUGGGGUCGUCUUGUUCAUCGCGCUCUUCGCGCUGUGGACGUGGGCUCCCAGAGCUUGA